GCAGCACCUCGGCUCUUGGGGGAGGUGUGAGCAAAGGUUGGCCAGCACUUGGAUCCAGGUUGAUUAGAAGCCAUCUGUAGCACUUUGUACUUGGGACAGCUGCUCAAAGAACCCUGUUGUGCAGAAGGAUGGCUGCAAAGAAAAAGGAGGUAGUGCUGCAGAUUAACAUUACUAGCCAGGAGCUUUGGGAAGAAGUGCUGUGUCUCAAAGGACUCAUUGUUGUUGAUGUGUUUCAAGCCUGGUGUGGCCCAUGCAAACCAGUAGUGAAUCUGUUCCAAAAAAUCAAGAAUGAAGUUGGCAGCAAUCUCCUGCAUUUUGCUGUGGCUGAAGCAGAUUCCAUUGAUGCUCUGGAAAAAUACAGAGGACAAUGUGAGCCUGUCUUUCUCUUUUAUACAGGAGGACAAUUAGUGGCUGUUGUAAGAGGAGCAGAUGCACCAUUGCUGCAGAAGACCAUCCUGAAACAGCUGGCAGGGGAAAGGAAGGGAUUCCAUGGAGGAGAGCCUGUGGUGGUGCCAGACAGAGCCUUCUCCAGAGAGCAGGGAAGCACAGCUCCCCUUCAGGAGGAACAGUGGGGAGGACUAACAGGUAAGGCAAGGCACGGGUGUAGGAUGUUCUCUGGGCCUUGAGUUGGAACCUUUAAAAGCUGGAACCCCCAGCAGGGAUCCAGCUGCUGC